AUGUAUGAAAGGCAUGAGCCGCUGGACUUGCAACUGACCUGUUGCAUGUGGUGCGUAGGGACCUGCCUUCCAGCCGGAAAUCUGGACACCAACGGAUACCUGGUCCGCCACCAGCAACGGAUCCAUUCGCUUUGCUUGAUCACCGACGGCACCUGUCCUCAUGCCGGCCGUCGUCUAGAGGGCCUGUCGAGUUUGACGGCACUGACUGACCUGGAAUGGGAAGGCAUCCAGCAUCCAUUCGAAAUGCGCACCUUGUGCGAGUGUCUCCGACAAAAUCAUCGGCGGCUGAAGGCGGUAUCCAUUGGACUUCUGUUGGAUCCGAACGUACCCACUUCCCAUGAGGAUAUUCUGGAGGUCUUCUGGCCACCUCGAGCGCAGGACGACUGCACGCCGGGCGAGCGGGAAUGGUUCCCAUCUCUCACAUCCUUGACAUUCUCUCGCGUCCCGUUCCCCGACAGUCUGCUGCCGGGCGGCCAACCGUCACCGUUCCGCGCGCUCAAGGCACUAACGAUCCGAGACUGCCCCAACGAGCAGCGCUUCCUGCAGCUGUUGGCGCGAGCCAAGGAUCCGUUGACCCUCCAGCACUUCGAGAUCUGCAGUGACUACCUGCGCGAUUCAGAGGACCGAUUGGCGUCCAUUGCGAUCGUCGAAUUUCUACUCUCAUUUCGUGGCUUGCGACGGCUGUACCUGAAGGUGGCCAACUUUCCCCGGUUCCUGCCGGGUCUUGGUGAUGCCAUCAAACAUCACCAAGCCACGCUCCACGGUCUGGUUUUUCACGAGCGUCGGCUGAUGCCAAUUGACGCUGAAAGGCUGUUUGAAGAUCUUCGCGAUGUGAAUAUGGCAUCCCCCAAUAUCCCGCAGAUUCUACGGCAUAGUUCCCCCGCCGCUCUUGGCCUCUGUCUUCGCCCGGCCAGCGCGGUAAGUGUAUCGUUAGCACCCAUCCCCACGGCUAUAUGA